GCGGUACUUCAGCAGCAUGCGUCGGGCCCCAGCCGACGCGCACUCGUCCAGCGCCGAGAGCAUCGACGGGUCUCCGCGCAGAGAUGCCUUUGUGAAUAGCCAGGAAUGGACGUUAAGUCGAUCAGUCCCGGAGCUCAAAGUGGGAAUUGUGGGUAACUUGGCCAGCGGCAAGUCGGCCCUGGUGCACCGGUAUCUGACCGGCACGUACGUCCAGGAGGAGUCUCCCGAAGACAUGGAUGCAGGUGGCAGAUUCAAGAAAGAGAUUGUUGUUGAUGGACAAAGCUAUCUGCUGCUGAUUAGAGAUGAAGGGGGCCCCCCAGAGGCACAGUUUGCCAUGUGGGUGGACGCCGUUAUAUUCGUCUUCAGCCUGGAGGAUGAAAUAAGUUUCCAGACCGUGUACCACUACUACAGCCGGAUGGCCAACUACCGGAACACGAGCGAGGUGCCCCUGGUGCUGGUGGGGACCCAGGAUGCCAUAAGUUCCACGAACCCACGGGUCAUCGACGACGCCAGGGCGCGGAAGCUCUCCAGCGAUCUGAAGAGGUGCACGUACUACGAGACAUGUGCCACGUACGGGCUGAACGUGGAGAGGGUCUUUCAGGACGUUGCCCAGAAGAUUGUUGCCACUAGGAAGAAGCAGCAGCUGUCCAUAGGGCCCUGCAAGUCGCUCCCCAGCUCCCCGAGCCACUCGUCUGUCUGCUCGGCCCAGGUGUCCGCGGUGCACAUCAGCCAGACAAGUAACGGAGGUGGGAGUUUGAGCGACUAUUCCUCCUCCGUCCCGUCGACGCCCAGCACCAGCCAGAAGGAGCUGCGCAUCGACGUGCCGCCCACGGCCAACACGCCCACGCCCGUACGGAAGCAGUCCAAGCGCCGGUCCAACCUCUUCACCUCUCGGAAAGGGAGUGACCCAGACAAAGAGAAGAAAGGCCUGGAGAGUCGGGCGGACAGCAUCGGGAGCGGUCGAGCCAUCCCAAUUAAACAGGGCAUGCUGCUGAAGCGAAGUGGCAAAUCACUGAACAAAGAAUGGAAGAAGAAAUACGUCACCCUGUGCGACAACGGUGUGCUGACCUAUCAUCCCAGCUUACAUGACUACAUGCAGAAUGUUCACGGCAAAGAGAUUGACCUUCUGAGAACCACUGUGAAGGUCCCCGGGAAGAGGCCACCCCGCGCCACAUCGGCCUGCGCGCCUGUCUCCAGCCCGAGAACCAACGGCCUGUCCAAGGACACGAGCGCCGUGCACGUCUCGCCAAAUUCAGGGAAUGUCACUAGUGCGCCUGGGUCUCAGAUGGCAAGCGGCGUCAGCCUGGGCUCCUUCAGCAGCCGACCGGACGGCGUGCAGCAGCGCUCCUACUCUGUCUCCAGUGCCGACCAGUGGAAUGAGGCUACGGUCAUUGCAAACUCAGCCAUCAGCAGUGACACGGGGCUGGGCGACUCCGUGUGCUCCAGCCCCAGCAUCUCCAGCACCACCAGCCCCAAGCUCGACCCGCCCCCCUCCCCUCACGCCAACAGAAAGAAGCACCGGAGGAAGAAAAGCACCAGCAACUUCAAAGCCGACGGCCUCUCCGGCACCGCCGACGCCAAGCGCAAAGCAUGGAAACUAAACCGUGUUGGUAGCCUGCGAAAUAUUUACAGCAGCAGCAGUACCAACACCGAAGAACAAGAAGAAAACUUUGAGUUUAUCAUUGUGUCCCUCACUGGCCAGACGUGGCACUUUGAAGCCACCACCUAUGAGGAGCGAGACGCGUGGGUCCAGGCCAUCGAGAGCCAGAUCCUGGCCAGCUUACAGUCGUGCGAGAGCAGCAAGAACAAGUCCCGACUGACCAGCCAGAGCGAGGCCAUGGCCUUGCAGUCGAUACGGAACAUCCGCGGGAACUCCCACUGCGUGGACUGCGAGACCCAGAAUCCCAACUGGGCCAGUUUGAACUUGGGAGCCCUCAUGUGCAUCGAGUGCUCAGGGAUCCACCGGAAUCUUGGCACCCACCUCUCUCGAGUCCGAUCUCUGGACCUCGACGACUGGCCCAUCGAGCUGAUCAAGGUGAUGUCAUCCAUCGGGAACGAGCUGGCCAACAGCGUCUGGGAGGAGAGCAGCCAGGGGCGGACGAAGCCCUCGCUGGACUCCACGAGGGAGGAGAAAGAGCGGUGGAUCCGAGCCAAGUACGAGCAGAAGCUCUUCCUGGCCCCGCUGCCCUGCACGGAGCUGUCCCUGGGCCAGCACCUGCUGCGGGCCACUGCCGACGAGGACCUGCGGACGGUCAUCUUGCUGCUGGCACACGGCUCCCGGGACGAGGUGAACGAGACAUGCGGGGAGGGGGACGGCCGCACAGCGCUGCACCUGGCCUGCCGGAAGGGGAAUGUGGUCCUGGCCCAGCUCCUCAUCUGGUACGGGGUGGACGUGAUGGCCCGCGACGCGCACGGGAACACGGCGCUGGCCUACGCGCGCCAGGCCUCCAGCCAGGAGUGCGUGGACGUCCUGCUGCAGUACGGCUGCCCCGACGAGCGCUUCGUGCUCAUGGCCACCCCCAACCUGUCCCGGAAGAACAACCACCGGAACAACAGCGGCGGGAGGGCACCCACCGUCAUCUGAGGACCGCCGCGCGCGCGCGCGGGAGCCGCCCCACGUGAGUCCCCCGCCGCCCGCCCCCCACCCCCUCACCCCCAGCGAAAUCACGAACCCGGACAGGCCUCCAGGGGCGAAGAGGAGGCCCGAGGCCGCGGCGUCGGUUCCUUUCCGUAGACUCCCCUGAGCGACAGAGAGGAGCGGCCGGGGGCCUGGGUCCGUGGACGGGAGCACACGGCUCCGGACCCCGGGCCAUCGGUGGUGGCCAGGAGACGGAGCGCCGCACAAGGGACGGGGACCGGGGGGAGGGGAGGCGAGCAGCCAGGAGAAGGGGCAGCUCCCCUUAGCUGGCAGUUAAGCACAUCAGUACAUUUCACCUCUACCAAACGGAACGCUUGGAUCUCAUCUCUUCUCCGAGGAGCCUGACGGCAUAAAUCAGAAGCAAGCAGAGUUUGUCAGGUUUGAAGCCCCUAUGAUGGUAUGUGUCAAAUCAGUUGUAGCUAAUCUGUCCAGGGAGAAUACUGGCUUCAUUACACUCAUAUAGUUGAGUUCCUCCAGCAUCACCGCUGUUUAAUAGAACAUGAUUAGUCAUCACCGGGAAGAAAGCGUAUUAGCCGGAGAGGUAGUUACGCAGCACGCUCUGGUGAUUGCCACGAUGUGAUUGCAAUACUCUUAGAAGCAUCAUAUUAUCCCAGACAUGUUCUUUCGAGCCCUUGGAGCCCUCCUUUCUAAAUUCACUGUCAUAAUUUAGUAUCUGUUUAAUUUUUCAGUCCAAAGAGAGGAGAUGAGGUGCUGAGUAUUAUUUGACUGCAGUCUCCUUGGUGCAAAAACCAAAUGGAAAAAAUAAAUAAGAGUGACUUGGAAAUUCAAAAGAAAAUCACGAAUUCGGCUGAUGACAUUUUGAGCACAUUUCAUAAACUUAAGACAAUGCGUAAAAGGCUAUUUCUUUUUUCCCAAACCGGAGAGAUAUUUUGUGUCCUAUUGCCAAGGAGGGUGUCUUGGGUCUCAGUCACUCCAGGGCCACGUCGCCCCAGUCACACAGGCUUCUGUAUUAUGUCUUUAGAUGAGAUGUGUGAAAAUCUAUUUGAAUAAAAGAAGUUCAUAAAUAUGCAUUGAUUUUUGCACAGACAAACGGCACCUCUGUUAAUUUAUAAAUUGAACUGGAUGUGAACUAAUAACACACAACUAGUUGAGUUAAGAGGGUUACAGAUCAUUGUACAUGGGAACUGUUCCCAGCAGUAAACACGUCCAUUAAUGUGAUACACAGCUUUUAAAAAGGAGCGUAUGAGAGUAAGAUGGUGGUACAAUUCGCCUAUUAAAAUCAGGAAAGAAAAAAAAGACACUGAAGCAUUUUAGAGGGGAAAAGAGGCAUGUGAUUUGUCAUUACUGAAUGACGAUGACUCCUUUUGCUGAUCCAGAGGCAGGGGUGAUGCUGAGGCAGGGGAGGACUUCCCAGACCCCGGGGUGCUUUGCAAGGGUCCAGCCUGACCACCGCCACCGAUCUGGGGCCACAGACUGGCUCACAAGGCUCCCUAAGGUGUUUUUUUGCUCAGUGGUGAAAAGGUCCUUCCUUGUAAUGGGUUACCUGAUUUUGCUGUCAUCAUGGUUUCUGGCUGCUUCAGAGUUCCACCACCUUCAUCGUGGUGGCCAAACAUAGGGAACCAGUUUAUGGCACCUUCUGUUAAAAAGAAAAAGGGCAGCUGUGCCUUGAGCCCUUGGGGCAGAGUGACGGGCGGUAGGUGGGGAGAGGGGUGUCACCUUGAAGGAGGACACGGGGCUGAUAAGGCCAGGAGCCCAGGACCACGCUCCUCCACCGCCUCCAAGGAUGCCCUUGCUCUCAUAUUGAACCUUUUAUUUUAUACGAGUUUUUCUUCUUCUUUCACUUUCUUAAAAAAAAAUUUAAAGUAGGUGGGGACAAAAAUAAAGCUUUACACAAUUUAUAUGUGGGUCAGUGUUUCAUGGGCAUUUUGAACCUUAACACAGCUCGGUGGAACUCGGUGGCCAUUUCCAGGGUGACAGGUGCAGAAGCCACGAGUCUGGGAGCCUUGACCACAGGUCCCUGAUCCCCCCACCUGAGUUUUCAUCCUGUAUUUCAUCACUGUGUGGUUAUUUUAAAUGUGCAUGGGGGAGGGGGAGAGAAAUUCCUUCCUAGUUUUGAAGAACGCAUUACUCUUCUAAUCCAGCCACACACACUGGCCUCCCCACCGCCUUUAGCAUAGACUUUCUGUAGUGAACGCAGAUUACGGUAUAAACGAAGUCCUUAAAUUAUUUCAUUGUAGUUAAUUCCCACUAUAGGAAUGCUUUAUCACAGUGAAGCCUUCUUUCGAAAAGAAACGGAAUUCCUUGUAAGGCUUCUUUUGGGGAUGUAUAUGAGUGUGUACAUACUAUUAUUAUAUGUGUUUAUAAUAUAUUUUCCCAAAUGACUUCUUUUUUCACUUAGCCUUUCAGGAUCUGACUGCUAGACUGGUUUCCUUCCUUCCCUCCCUCCAGCGCUGGGACCUCACUGAUUCCUCCUUAGAAAACCCGACCCCUCUCCUGCUAUUUUUAGCACCAUCCAUCCGCUCCGGGAGGUAGCCUGCUUUUGUGAGCCCGAGUUUGGCAACAGAGGAAAGGCAGUAGUGGGCUUCAAGGGUUUUCUUUUCAAAUAAAGGUGGCUGGUGGCUCAUCUGUUUGUAUUUCGGUCAAACUAGAAGUCCUUCCUUUGCUGACAGAGCUCUCAUUUCCGUCGUAAAGCCUCACUAACACCGAGGCCGGAGAAGCAAGGACCCAGGGCCAAUGUCCGACGUAGUUUGGGAAGCCGGCCGUGUUUUCGUUGUUCAUGUGACAUGACCAUGACACGGGAAGCCACUGCUACAGAAUCCACGUAACCUUUUUGAGUCAGUUUUUAAUUUUCCUUGUUGAAAAACCCACUGGCUAGGGAAAGCACAUGAUCAGGCGGCCACUUGUGAGGGGACAUGCGUGGGUGACCUGGACGUAUUGCAGACCUCUCUGGGUUUCUUCAGGGGCCAAAAGAACCCUGCAGAGAAAGGACCCUUGGGAUUCUGACCCUGUAUGAGUGGACCUUGAAGACCGGUGGUGGGGGUGGGCGGGGACAGAUAGAUGGUUUACCAAGGCAGGGUCCCUUCCGUCUCCUGUCUUCCCAGGAGAUGACCCUUCGAGGGUGAGUGAAGUCGUGGUCAUGAGUCUCUGGUCCCAUGAGCAAGUUUUCAGCUCCCAGUAAGCCCAUGCUACAUGGAUUCGUCCCAGGAAGCAGGUGAGGGCGGUGGCUACUUGCUAAUGACAGGAGAGAGCUGCUCUUCCUGAAGGACUUCCGGCUGGAAUCCUUAAACCAGCAGCUUUUCUGCAGGGCGGGGAGCCCUGGCUGGGGCGCUCUUAGCCCCAGAGCAGGGCCAGGCGCUUCUGCUGCCCACUCAGAGGUUUCCACCUUGGCCUGGCCUCGGCCGUCCAGCCUAGGCACCCAUCCUCCCAGUCCUGUGAUGCCUGCACACCCUCGGGGUCAUUCCCCUCGUUUCCAAAGGGGCUGUCACCCCUUCAUUAGGGAAGAACAGUCCAACAAAAAAGACAGUCCUGGGGCUGAGCAGACUAUCCCCCUGGCUUGGCCACCCCACCUGGGCAGCCUUGGGCAGCUUCCGGCAUCCUGGAGCCUCUCUCCUCCACCAUGAAACCACAGUGGCCUUGCAGGCCGGUGACAUCCAGACCAGUUUGAUACAUGUCAGCCCAGCAGGGGGGUGGAUGCUCAGGAGACAGGAGUGUCAGAACGUGGGUAGGACAGAGCACAAGCCAGGAAACCUGCCCCCGAGCUGGCCCUGCGGCUGCGAGCCAGUGCCCUGGGGAGUCAGUGCCCGUCCCAUUCCAGCCACCAGCCCUCCUCUGCCUCUGCCAAGCCUGUGUGUCAGAGGAGGGAGUGAGGCCCUCUGAGGACCCCUGCUCCCGGAGGCCCCUCUUCCCUGAAGGAAGAGCCCGCCCUGCGCCCACCCCCACGUCAGCCCACUUACUGAAAUGUGCUCUCCAUCCUCGGGGUCUGAGUGGUUUUCUCAAGAAGCAAGGGUGAGUCUCGCCCUCACACCAUUCACUCCUGUUCUCCUGCUGCUUCAGGCCGAAACCACCUUUCUCUCUCCCCCGCCCUCUGUGUGUUGUCGGUACCACCAGCCUCCCUCCUCCAGACGCCACCGAGAGGCUGCUGGCCACGCUCGUGUCCCUUAAAGUUAGAGUGGCUUUAGGCCUCACUGCCCCUCUCUCUCUCUCUGUCCCUCAUUGCGCUUGUGCAGUUGGUCAGGGAGCAUCCACCUUGAUGGAACCGUCUUCCCUUCCAAGGGUGCUGUUCGCUGUGUCCUGAGCCUGAGCUUGGCAGUCCUGUCUUCCCCCUGGAGAGUGGCCAUUGGGUCCUGUCCAACCCCCAUCUUGCGCCGUGCUCACAGGUGACGUGGCUCCCUGUGGCUCCAAGCCCGCCAACCCUUUCUCCUUAUGUUGAGAAUGUUCUGGAAACAAGAGGGGGAAAUCCACAUUCCCGCCUGACAGGCUCAGAAGCCUCGCGAUAAUGUGGGUCCUCUGAGCCAGUAUGGUCCGCUCUCAAAAGCCGCUCAAAGGACACAGAUGAUGGGAAAGCAGACCUGUCACCUCUGGACGGGCUGCGGCCCCUCCCCCGCACCUGCUCUGUGUCCCCCGUCAGCCGCCCACAAGGUCGGCACGACUUCUCUGGAGCUCGCCUGGACUGUAUUUAUGUCCUGAGAGCAAACAAAUUGAAAAGCCGUCAGGAAGGAAUUCGAAUAGAAGUGCGUUGAACCUCCACAUGUCUCUUUCCCGGGAAAUAUAAUUUAUUUCUAACGGCCUGCCUCCCCGAACAGGGGUUUUCCAUGUUGUGAAGUCGUGUCUUGAAGUGAUUUCCACCCUCAUCCUUCACCAAAAAAGCUCAACAAGGGCCUUCGGCAUCCUGACUUGCAUUUCUCUCCUUCAGCCAUUAGCGACGUCUUUCUUUGCUGGAUUUCCAAGCGGCUUUCUUCAGGAAGCCCCGCGGUCAGUGGGUCUUUGGUGUGGGUGCCCCGCUGCCCCAGCUGCAGGGCGCAGGGAGUCCGGCUCCACCCCCGGCCCGCCCAGGACCGGGUCUGCCCCAGCUCCGCUCUGUCCCCUCUGCCAACGGGCCCUCUGUCCUUCAAGUUUCUAAAUCAGGUGGCGUUUUAAUCCAGACGUCAGAUUCCUCCCGGGUGUGCAGAACAGAGAAGGGGAGCGGGCUAGCCGCUUGGGGUGGACGGAGACGGGGCUCACACUUUCCAUUUCCAUCACUGCCAGGAAGUAGUCCCUGGAACCCAAGACGCAGUGACACCCGAGAGAGAGAAACACUCCACUCAGGGUCGGCCCCCCGUGUGGGAUGUUCAGCAACCUGACAUUACGAUUCUAAAACCCCAAAUUUUCUUCCCCUUAGAGAAGAAAUGCUGUCCUGAAAUAGAUUUUUUUUAAUAUGAAUAAAUUCCCUAUUAAAUGUUGGCUGUCUGCUGCUUUUAAACAUAGAUUGACAUUUUUUUCUAGUUUGGCUCUUUCAGUCUGGGUCCGAGUUGAACUUGGAGGACAUUGCAUCAGCAGUGGAUUCUGUAAAACCAAAAAGUCCGUUUUUAAUCUGUGGGGUUUUUUUAAGCCCAGAUUUUAGAGGUAUUUCUGUGUCACCAGUGGAGUAAGCAGCCUCCUCGAAGCAAGGGUUCAGUGACCAUGAACUUGAAAACCUCUCCUUACUGCACCUCACUUACAAGGGGCUGCCAUUGCUGUCCGUCGACAGCAUUUGAUUUGGGGGUUUGCACCUUUCUGAUAAAAAUGUCCUUGUCUGAGGCCCUCAUCCCAUCCGAAGGGCCUUCAGUGCCAGGAAGCUGGCAGGUCCAAGGCAGAUGUGCGAGCAGAGACCCGCGGGCGCUCUGAAGGCUGCCUGGGUACUGGCCAGAGGCUGCUGUGGUUAAAGGCACAGGAGCUCUGGCUUCAAGCCACAGGACACCCACCACGCAGCGGGUGCUGGCCGUGCCCAAGGCAAGGUGCCUGUCAGCUCGGGACUCGUCUCGCAUUGGGCCUGGGUGAUGUGGCAUCUGUAAGGAAGGACCCCCACCACCACCGAGGGUCACGGUCAAGGCAUACAGUAGAGCCCCACCUGUCCGAGUGCGUUAGGACCAACCCAGAAUUCAGGGUUGGUGAGCAAUCUGUGACCUUGUCUUGAGAUGCAGAUGAAAGGAAGGCGCAGACAAGAUGCGAGAAUCUUUCAAACCCCUUUCACACACCAGUUGUCAGGAAUGGUCGCCCCUAAAUUGGACGAUGCUCCUGUCUCCCUGGUGCCACACCGGCCUGGGAGCUAGCAUCUGAGCUGGUUCAAAAUACUCUUGCAAAAAGGAGACUCUGCCCAGCCCCCAGAAGCCCACCCUUGGCAGCUGCUUGUGGAAGUUUAAUUACAGGCAUGUUGGAGGCUUGAUGAGGACACUCAGGGUCUCCCCAACCCUGGUGUAACGCCUGUACUUAGAAACCCCGAGUGACAGGAGGGCCACUGCUCUCAGCUCCUCACCUGACGGCGCACUGAGUCCCCAGGGAGAAUGUGCACCCCGCCCGGGGUCUCAGGGGUGGGAGCGUGGAGGAUGGACCCGGGGUGCAGGGAGCUGGGGCCAGCCAGGGAGUUAGCUUGUACUCAUUGCUCUGUGAACAUGCCACGCACCUCCUGGCCCCCCAGUCCCACCCUGGGGCCCAGUGGUUCCCUCACCGGGACUGUUUCAGGGUGCACUGGUGGACUUGAGUGAGGAGCGGGGCUGUUCCGUGGUGGACAGGCGGCGGGUACCCCUAGAAACUGCUUUCUAGCAGUCACACAAACUGGUGUGAGAGACGAUGCCUUCAAACCUUGAAAAGCAUCGCAGUUUCCCUCCUCCAACUGGGUUUCUCCGUCUAAGAUAAAUCCAGCUCUGAAGGCUACUGCCCCUGCCCCAGCCUGAGCCCGAGUGUGCUGGGGACGCCGUGUGCACUUGCGCAGGGGUGCCCGGCUGCGCCCCGCCGGCCGCCCAGGGGAGGCGGGGAGGGCUGGCCACGCCAGCCACAGGCACAGUCGCGUGGGCUCCGGGAGUGGCUUCCGGCCCCAGCCGGCCCCCCACUCCCCUGCCCCUGGCUCGGACCUGGGUUCUCACCAUGCUGCUGGCUGUGUCUCUGAAAGGGGAGUCUAACCAGGUCAAAGGUGACACCGAGAGGCAUUUUUAGGAGGGAACAGGGAAGGCCGGGCCUCGGCCCACCUCUUAGCACAUUUCUCUGUUUCUGUAAAUAGCGAUGUGUAGAAGAUGGAAGAGCAGCCUGGGCUUUAUCCAGAGAUGGGUCUUUUUUUUUUUCCGGUUGUUUUUAUAUUACCUCAUUCAGCAAGUUUAUGUUUCACAAUGACUUCAUGAUGCUUUAUUUAUAUUGUUUGGACUGUAAUUAAAACCAUUGACAGACAUUUCACUUUGCUUGUUAUUUCACAUGAUCUUGUUUUGAUUAAAUAUGCCAGUUUGUAUUUUCCUGCCUUGGGAUUUUUUGUGUCAACUGUACAGUAUUCUAAGGGGAAAAAAAGAAAAAGAAAAAUGUGUAAAGUAAUGGAGAGAGGUGGCUAUAGCGUAGAGACCUCUUUCUAAUAAAGAAAUGAAAAUAUGUCUA